AUGUCUCCUCAAACGCUGACGAAACGACUGCAAAUCAGAUGCCAAGCUCGGCGAACACAUCAACAGCCACCUGAUCAAUCACCACACAUGUUCAACACGGAUCCUCCACUGCCGUACAACCAUGACUUAUUUGAAAGCAUUAUUGUAAAGAAAAGAAUAAAAGUGGAUGGGGGAGGGAAUUACCGAAAUUUUCCGUGGUUAGCUUUUGACCGUUCGUAUCGUGCGCAUCAUCAUCAACGACAGCAUGACAUCAGUGCUCAACACCAAUGCUUCACUGCCGUACAGCCAUGA